CUCGCGAUCACUGUUUGUUCUUGUGUUUUUGCCAUUCCUCUCUCUCUCUCUCUCUCUCUCUCUCUCGAUAGAGCGACCGAGCGAUCUCUCGAUCGGCUCGGCGCUACCACAGCAUCGAUGCCGCAUUCUAGCCGUCACAGGUUCUUCUCCAGCUAGCCGCGAUCGAUGGACGAUAUUUCGCUGUUCUUCCAGAUUCUCCAUGGCGAUGAUUCAAGAAACGCGCGUUCUUCGUCGUUGCUGCUGCUAGGACUACUGCUCUUCAUCUGGAGCGGCUCUGGCCAUGCCGCAUUCUUAUCAGGUAUGCUAAUCGCUCGUUCUUCUCUUCUUGCGAUCACUACGACGAGAGCUCCCGAAAUACUAGGUCGCGAUGGCCUCGACAGUCUCCCUGAUCCAUCCGGGAUGGCGAUCGUUGAGGCGCCGCUGAUCGCCAACGCGACCUGUGGAGCUUGCGGCACGAACUACACCGCCAGCAUUGGCGAGACGCUGGAAUCGGUCGCGGCAUAUUGCAAGAUCUCGCUACGCGACGCGGCCGACGCCAAUCCGGGCAUCAACUCCACCGCGAAUCUCACGGGCCUGCCGCUACGAAUUCCUUGCCGCAACAGUGAUCCGGCGCACUGUGGCACCUGUGGGGCUUCCUACGUGAUCAAGGAACAGGACAUCCUCUUUGACAUCGCCCACUCUUGCGGGAUGGAUCUCGCGGAGCUGGAGAUGGCAAACCGGGACAUCGAUUUCGAGAACGUCUACCCUGGGCAGCUCAUCCGCAUCCCUUGCGAGGCAGACAACGCCACCAUCGCCCUCACUGGCUGUGGAGCCUGUGGGAUCGAGUACACGGCCACCACGAACGGAGAACCUCUCAACCAAGUUGCCAGGGACUGUGGAACUUCGAUCCAAGAGCUCUCGCUGGCGAAUCCAGGCCUCCAUCUCAGCUCCAACUCCACCAUGAUUCAAGGCCAGAAGCUGCGAAUUCCUUGCAACUCCACCGCGAGCUGUGGCCCUUGCGGGAAUUCCUACACUAUUCUUCACGAGAGCCGGAGACAAGUCGCAGCAAAAUGCCGAGUGGGCUUCAUCGAUCUCCAGGCCAGCAAUCCUUCCACUGACUUGGACGAUCUCCAGCCCGGCCAGCGUUUGACGAUCCCAUGCAAGCAGCGGACAGCUCCAGGGAUCAAAUGCAGCGGCCACCUUUGUGAUACCACCAUCGUCGUGAAGAACAGCUCGAGCGUUUUCGACGUAGCCAAGCUGUGCAACGUGACACCGGCCUUGGUCUCCUAUGCAAACGGCAUACCGGAGAAUGGAGUGAUCUACCCGGGUCAGAGCUUGGCAAUCCCCUGCGAGGACUCUCCCGCUCCACUGAGAAGCUGCUCCAUCUGCGGAUCUACUGUAUCGCCUCUGGUGGCAGUCGAUCUAGCCACGGUCGCGAGGGUUUGUGGCGUGAGCGUCAAAGGUAUCCAGGAAGCCACCAACAUCAAGCUCGCCGACGUAGCGUUUGGAGACGUUCUUAGCAUUCCUUGCCACGACGAGGACGUUGGCUGUGGACCCUGUGGAGUUGCCUACAAGGCCGUGGACGGUGAUACGCUGCCAUCGAUUGCUGUCAAGUGCUCGACGAUCAUCUCGGACAUCCAGAUGGCGAAUCCGGCUCUCAACGCUUCUGAGCCCGUCGCUGGAAAGCUCGUCAGCAUUCCCUGCCGCUUGUCAGCGGUAUCUUUGGGAGCGUCCGUGCUAAGUAAUCCCAGAGAACUGGUCGUUGUGUUACUGGUCGUCCUAUUACUGUAAGGCAGCGAGCACGAUUGUAGCUGCCGUCAAAGCAGAGCAUGAAAAGCUGGAUAAUCGAGCUGGAGGAAAACCUCAGAGUUGGCAUUAAGCGGAAGAGCCUCUUUCUGGACGCUCGAAGUUCUCUCCACUGGCAAGCAGGUUUCAACGUGCAUCACUUUGAAUAACCCUCUGGAAAACUCGGAGCUAAGUUGUGGCUCUUCCUCACUCAAAACGAAAAGGACAAAGCCAGAAUGGUCGCUACCACACAGUAGUGAUGUGAUUUGGUGGCAUCCAAAUGAACUUCCAGCACAGAGUUAGGGGUGGUUCUCAUUUUCAUGGAUGACAUUUAUCUAUCUAUAUGCUAUUUAGAAAUAUGAGCAUUAUAUAAGGAAGACAUAUAUACAUA